AACAUGGAAGAGUGGGCUGAGCAGAUCGAUGGUAAAGACUAAAAUCGACGCCAUUUUAUAUUCAGUGUAGUUGUAGCGUGGAUCUGACUCCAUCGCAAGUGAUUUUUAAGGAGUUCUAGUAGAACACUCUCAUAGGUUGAAAAAUGUCUCGGUAUCGCGAAUGGGAUCUAUCUUGCAAGGUUUAUGUUGGUAAUUUAGGCAGCAGCGCUAGCAAACAUGAGAUUGAAAGCGCAUUCAGUAAGUAUGGUCCACUAAGAAAUGUGUGGGUAGCUCGAAAUCCUCCUGGUUUUGCAUUUGUGGAGUUUGAAGAUCCACGAGACGCUGAAGACGCCGUAAGAGGAUUGGAUGGAACACGAUGUUGUGGCACCAGAGUGAGAGUCGAGAUGUCCUCUGGGAGAAGUCGCCGUGGUGGUGGCGGUCGCAGACCUGGUCCUCGUUAUUCUAGGUCCAGGUCGCGCAGCCCCCGUAGGAAAUCCCUUGGUCGUUACCCGAGAUCCUGGUCGAGAAGUCCGCAGAGAGCAUCGAUAAGCCGUUACUCCAGAUUCUACCAGCGUCAGCUCCUAGCUCUGCUCGUCUCCCCGCCACUACUACUACCACUACUUCUACUACUACUACUACUACUGCUACUACUACUUCUACAGCCGCCGUGAAAAAAGCGUAUUAUUACGCGAACAAAAAAAAAAGCAAAUCGUCAGUCUCGCAAUCGUCAAUCGAACAAAA